UCCAUCAUUAGUGAACAGCCGGCAACAAUGUGGCAGCAGGGCUGAUAACUCAUUCAUAUGGAGGAUGAUAGUCGUGGUCCAGGUGGAUUUUACACUGUAUCAUUUGGCUGGACCUCUUAGUUACUGUGUUUUAACCCAGUUGUUUUAAAUGUCCAACAUGCAAACGGGACUGAUGUUCACACAAACUGUCAUUAAUUUCAAAAAGAGAUUAACGUGAUAGUAGUGCACUGCAGGGGCUUUUAACAAAGUUGAAUUUCCAAUAUGGUAGGAGAGGUUGUUGUUUUUGAGCGGAUUGUUGUCAUGUCCCCGCAGUGCCUGUAGUGGUGCUGUGAGGAGUCUGCUGUGGAUCCAACAAAAAUCCUCAGCAGCCUACCUACUGCUUGUAAUUUGCUCUGGAUAGCCUAUAUUUACAUGCAUCCUUAUUUCAAGAUAUACCGAGCUCGAUGAAGAUCUCCGUUACCUAUCCUAUCUCGAAUAUCGAUGCACAAAUAGCCUAGCUGAUUCUAAUAGACAUUUCGGCCGUCUAUCUGGAGCGAAUACCUUACACAGCCCAUACCAAUUCAAGCUGAUGUUGUCAAGGACAAGAGUCACGUGAUGUAUGAAGGCAAACACAUACACUUCUCAGAGGUGGACAAUAAGCCGUUGUGCUCGUACAGCCCAAAGCUCUGCAAGCAGCGCCGACUAAAUGGCUAUGCUUUCUGUAUUCGGCAUGUUCUGGAGGAUAAGACGGCUCCCUUCAAGCAAUGUGAGUAUGUGGCCAAGUACAACAGCCAGCGAUGUACCAACCCCAUCCCUAAGUCCGAGGACCGCAGAUACUGUAACAGCCACCUGCAGGUUCUCGGCUUUAUCCCCAAGAAGGAACGGAAAAAGAAACAUGAUGCUUUGGAGGAAAUGCGCUCACGGGCUCACCUGGAGUCAGUGGCUCUCAAUAUAACUGUGCCCUCUCUAGCUCUAAAAGUUCCCAAUGGUCUAGAUGAACUUCCACCAUCUCCCCCGCGUGGACGCCUGUUACCCCUCCCUGAUGGGGAGCUCCUGGACCCUUUUGCCUUUUAUGAGGAUGACACUGAUGGGGAGGAGGUGGGUACACCUCGGAAGGGCAACGCCAUCAAGAAGAAACUACAGAGUCGGCUGGUGCUAAACCAGAAACUCUGCCAUGACACUGACCUCUUCCAGCCACCCCCUGAGCACUUUAGUCCCUCCCCUGUCCCCCGCGUACAUCCCUCCUCACCGCUCAACGCUCAUCUCCCACGGCAGCAGCCAGGUCUUCUCCAGCCUCCCCAGCACUCCAGUGUGACUUCCUUCAUCUUCCCAGGACAGCAGCAGGGUUUAUUAUGCAAUCCACCACCACCUCAGACGGUCAACUUUCUGCCUCCAGGGAUGCCCGCUAAUGCAGCACCCAGUCCAGUGCAACAUUCUGGGCCAUCACUCAGCAGGAAAAUGCCUUUCACUGCUACUCACUUGCCUGUCAGUUGCAAGGACAGCGGCAGUAACAAUCAGCGGCAUGUGGUCGUCAUGCGUCCCACUGUCUUCUCACCUUCUGCCAGCUGCCUGGCCAGGUUGCAACAUCUGGUCCAGCUCUGUGCCAAGAGACAUCGGGAGCAGGGAGAUCUCUUUCCUCAUUUAGGAUUGGACUGGUCAGAGGACAGUGCUGAUGAUGACGAUGAGGAGGAGCCAGAGAGAUUCGCUCCUUUUCAAAGCUCUUGGAGACCACACAAUGGGUUGGAAGACGACAGCGGUUCCUCUCGGAGAACACGGCUACUUAGGCUUUGCUCAUACCUCCAAGAGAAAUACAAGCACAUGUGCAGGCAGGAGAGGGCGAGUAUCCGCCAGAAGAGAUACCGCUAUGCCUUCCGCAAAGCCUUGCUGCACGCUGCCAGCAACAACCCCGACUGCGCAGGGCAGCUGAUCCAGGAGUUGAGUGGUGCCUCUCACAGCUCCUCAGGUGUGACUCCAACGAGGCUGCAGAGCACAGAUACUGGAACCUGCACUGGCAGCACAAAGGGCCAGACCUGCAACAACAGAGCUCUGCCCUUCACUCGACACUGCUUUCAGCACAUUCUGUUGAAUCGUUCCCAGCAGCUCUUCGCUAGCUGCACAGCCAAAUUUGCAGAUGGUCAGCAGUGCUCCAUCCCAGUGUUUGAUAUCACGCACCAGACACCCCUCUGUGAAGAGCAUGCCAAAAAGAUGGACAAUUUCCUGCGUGGGGAUGGAAACCGUCGAGUGCAGCACCAGCAGCAGCAACAGCGAAAGCCCCGCAAGAAGACCAAACCACCGGCACUCACCAAAAAACACAAGAAGAAGAGGAGGAGAGUGCCACGGAGGCCUCAGAAACCCAUCCCUCCAGCGUUGCCACAGGGGAACCUGGGAAUGCCUUCUACGAGCCUAGCAAUGCCCUCGCAGGCCAGCAUCAGGAGCCCGUCAACUCCAGACCUGAGUACAGAUGAGCUUCCUGACGAUAUCACCAAUGACAUGGCAGACAUUCCAAAUGACCUUGAGCUAAACCAGGAGGAUUUCUCCGAUGUGUUACCCAGACUACCUGAUGAUUUGCAGGACUUUGACUUGUUUGAAGGUAAGAACGGGGAGCUCCUGCCCACUACAGAAGAGGCUGAGGAGUUGGUACGUGCACUGCAGGCGAUGGGCUCCUACCCAGACUCUUUGGUGUGCCUGUCCUCCAUGGGAGACCUGGCCCCUGCUGAAGGAGUGGACCACAGAGCCAUGACUGUGUUUUCUGGUCCAGUCCAACCGGGGGGUAUGGGAGACCUGCUCAACAGCCGCAUCCCAACAGAGAACUUCACCAGCCUCGAGCUGGAGGACAAUCUACUGCAGUCCACUGGCGAUCACUUUCCUCCCUCGCCGCCAUCUCAGCCCACUAACCAGCCCCCAGCAACGUGCUCCAACCUGACCUCAUCUUCUUCUGCAGUAGCCCCCUCCACCACCUCCCUGCUCACUCAGACCUCCAUACCAGAGCGGACGUUUUCUCGGACACACUCGUCCCACGUCCUGGCCAAGUCGGACGCACCCACAUCAUCUCCCCAAGGCAGCCACUACAGCAGUGAGCAUGUGCCAUCCCCAUACAGUGACCACAUAUCUUCUCCCCAUGCCAGCUCCUUCCAGACAGACGCCCCUCUGCUGCUGGAAGUCCCCCUCAGUGGGGUUCCAGGACCCCCACGUUCGACAUGGAACAACCUCCCUCUCCCCCUCACCGACCCCACACAGUUUGGCAAUCUCAUAGGAUCAGAAAGUCAUCUCAUAUCCACCUCCCUGUCCACUCCCCCGCCACCACCCACUCUGUGACGCUGCAGCCCAUGGCUGCUCUCUCAGCGAUGCCCCAGAGCGGCUUGACUGGUUUAACGACUCCUCCAGCCCCCUCAUCCUCCCUACCAUCUUCCUCACAUGAUCUUUUGACUUCCACACAGCCCAAGCAACAGCUCCCUCAG